UCACUGUACAGUUAACAAGAGGGAGAAUCUCAAACAAACCAUAUCCUCCUAAAUCUACCUCAACUGUCUCAGGUGCUGCCAUGUCGUCUUCCCUGUCUGUCAGCUCUCAGCUAAAUAAAGUGCUGCGCUCCCACUACUUUAGCCUUCCUCAGGAAGGUCUCUGUCAGGUCACCUAUGUCUGGAUUGAUGGCUCAGGGGAGGGUCUUCGGAGUAAAACCAGAACCUUGGAGUCUGAACCCAGCAGCAUUGAGGAUAUUCCAGAGUGGAACUUUGAUGGCUCUAGCACAAACCAGGCUGGGAUUUCUGACAGCGACAUGAUCCUGGUUCCAGUAUGUAUAUUCAGAGACCCUUUCACUCUGGACCCCAACAAACUGGUGCUCUGUGAGGUGCUCAAGUACAACCGCAAACCUGCAGACACUAAUCAUCGGAAUGUCUGUAAGAAGAUCAUGGAGAAGGUGAAGGACUUCCACCCAUGGUUUGGGAUGGAGCAGGAGUAUACUCUGCUGGGUAUAGAUGGACAUCCGUACUCCUGGCCAUCAAACGGUUACCCCAAACCACAGGGUCCAUAUUAUUGUGGUGUGGGUGCAGAUAGGGCCUAUGGCAGAGACAUCGUAGAGUGUCACUAUAAAGCGUGCAUUUAUGCAGGCAUCAAAAUUUAUGGUGCCAAUGCGGAGGUGAAGCCCUCUCAGUGGGAGUUCCAGGUGGGUCCAUGUGAAGGAAUUGCAGUAGGAGAUCACCUGUGGAUGGCACGCUUCCUAUUGCAUAGAGUGUGUGAAGACUUUGGUGUAAUUGCCACUCUGGACCCCAAACCCAUCCCAGGGAAAUGGAACGGAGCUGGCUGCCACACUAACUUCAGCACUGAGACCACUAGAGCAGAAGGAGGGCUUGAGCAUAUCGAGAAGCUCAUAGAAAAAUUACGCGCGCAUCAUGUCCAGCACAUUCGAGUCUCAGAUCCCCAUGGUGGUCAGGACAACCAGAGGAGACUCACAGGCUUUAAUGAGACCUCCAAUAUCCAUGAGUUCUCAGCCGCAGUGGCUAAUCGUGGAGUCAGUAUCCGCAUCCCCCUGCAAGUUAGCCAGGACAAGAGAGGAUAUUUGGAGGAUCGCCGACCUGCGGCCAACUGUGACCCAUAUGCUGUGACCGGUGCUAUUGCUCGUACCUGCCUAAUGGAGGAAGAGGAGGAAGACAUCUUGACUGAUCUGGAUAUUAAUGAUUUGGAGUAAAACACUCCAAAUUCCACUAAUAAACAUGAUCCUAUGUUAUUGGAUAUAUAAUAUAUACAGUACUUUACAAAUGUUUACAUAUAUUGAAUAUACUGUAUUGUACUGUACUGUAUUAGAUAAUAGAAUAAAUAAGAAGGCAAAUGAUACACAAGCGAUUUGUUGUAAAGCAAGACGUUCUAUGCACAUAAUUACACCAGUGUCUAUUUAGCUCUACACAAUGGCACUUUGGGAAAAUGUGGAAUAAUGCAAUUGUGAAAGAGUCUGGGAAAUCUGUGGCAUUAGCAGUUUCUAUAACAUAAGUUUGGCUUGAACUGUAUCUUAAGCCUAUGAAAUUCUUGUUAUUCUGCGAGGAUGACUAAAUACAAAGGAGUCCAUGUCUUAUUCAGAAUUAUUUAUGAAUAGCCAUCCAUCCAAAUGAAUAAAAAAACC